AUGGCAGGACGGUUAAUUAUUGGGGUUUCUCUCUUGGUGUCGUCUGUUUUCGCUGUCCCGGGUCGACACAGAGGUCCCAAAGACGCAGUCGUAAAGGGGAAGGGCCAACAUCCAGCGAACACUGUACAAAUCGACCAACCUUCUCCAAAGCCGUCGCCUUAUGGCGGUCCAGCACGCGGCCAUUUCCAUUCCCCAGCUUUCCUACCACAUGGCGAACAUUCUUUGAGACCUGGCCUUUCCCAGCACCAGACCAAUGGCGAGAGUCCGCUCGGCACCCACAAGGCACCGCAUCUUCCUCCGUUCCUGGGAGGCAGUCCUUUGCCGCAUGGCCGGCCUUGGGGCGGACGAACAGCUGGACACACCAACCAAUACAAGGACACCCCUAACACCGGCGUUACCAGGCAUUACGACUUCACCAUCAGUGAGCAGGACAUAGCCCCAGAUGGCUUCUCGCGACCGGGAAUGGUCGUAAACGGUGCUUUCCCAGGUCCGACGAUCGAGGCCAACUGGGGUGACUGGAUAGAAGUCAAUGUCCACAACCAGCUAUCUGACGAAGGCACAGCUCUUCAUUGGCACGGUCUGCUGCAGUCGGAUACACCUUGGUUCGACGGCGUACCUUCGGUCAUGCAGUGUCCUAUCGCACCAGGCUCUUCGUUCACUUACCGCUUCAGAGCUGAUCUCUAUGGAAGCUCUUUCUACCACUCUCACUACUCUGCUCAGUACACCGACGGCAUCCUCGGUCCCAUGAUCAUCUAUGGGCCACACGAACAGGCUGACUACGACGUCGACCUCGGCCCAGUCCUCCUCACCGAUUGGUACCACGACGACUACUUCACCCUCGUUGAACAAGUCAUGGCUCCGGCGUCCGAGGGCCUUUUGCCACCCGUCUCCCAGAACAACCUCAUCAACGGCAAGAUGAACUACCCUUGCGCGAACGACACCACGAACUGCACGCCCAACGCCGGCAUUUCCAAGUUCUACGUCAAGUCCGGCCAGAGCUACCGUCUGCGUCUGAUCAAUGGCGGUGCAGAGGGAAUCCAGAAGUUCUCUGUCGAUGGGUACAAGCUCAAGAUCAUCCAGAACGACUAUGUGCCUAUCGUGCCUUAUGAAGUGGACGUAGUAACGCUUGCCAUCGGCCAGCGGGCUGAUGUCAUUCUCGAAGCGAACGGAGAUUCCAAGGAUGCCGUGUGGAUGAGGUCGACUCUUGGACCAUCUGCUUUCGACGGCGGUUGCACGCUCAACGAUGGCGUAUCGCCUGAGGCUGUGGCCGCGAUCUACUACGAAGACGCAGAUGACACCGCAUUGCCGACCACGACUUCUUUGGUCUCCGACAGCGAGAUUCUGAACUGCGAUGGCGACUCGCUGGAGAUGACUGUGCCGUACUUCAGCAUCACGCCGGACCCCAACCCACCGUCUGUCCAGCAAGUGGACAUCACCUUCCAGACGAACGGCACACACAACCUGUUCUUCAUGAACAACUCGACGUUCCGCGCCAACUACAAUGAUCCAUUAUUGCUCGAAGCCAAGCUCGGCCACUCGACUUUCCCAGCAGAGUCGAACGUCUACAACUUCGGCGAAAGCUCCUCCAUCCGCCUUGUCGUCUACAACUACGCCACUACCGGCGUGCACCCAAUGCAUAUGCACGGCCACAACAUGUACGUGCUCGCCCAAGGUCAGGGUACCUGGGAUGGAAGCGUCGUCAACGCCAAAAAUCCCCAGCGACGAGACGUCCAGAUAUUGCCAAACGGUGUGAGCGAAACCGAGCCGGGCUAUAUUGUGGUCCAAAUCGAUGGCGAUAACCCGGGAGUCUGGCCUUUCCAUUGCCAUAUCGCUUGGCACGUGUCCGCUGGCCUGUACAUCAACCUGCUUGAAGGCCCGGAGCAGAUCAAGAAGGACAUGCCGAUUCCUUCGAUCAUGGCCCAGACAUGCCGUGACUGGAGUGCCUGGACUGGUGACAAUAUCCCCAAUGAGAUUGACAGUGGAUUGUAA